AUGACACUACGACUUCCUGAAGAUAUCCUCAAAGAGAUUUUUGAGAACUUAGAAGAUGAAACCGGCUCACUUUUUUCUUCCAUAUUGGUUAAUCGACUUUGGUGUUUAAAUGUCAUACCAAUUUUGUGGAAGAAUCCGUUGAAAAAUCAAUUCAAAAAAGCUAGUGAGAAUUUAUUAACAUGUCAACAUCGUUGUAAACUGCUUUUACGCACUUUACUUUCUUGUUUAUCAGAUGAAUCAAGAGGCUUGCUAUCCGAAAAUAGACUUGAGUUACCAUUCCAAAUAUCUCAACGCGCUCUUUUUGAUUAUCCGAUGCAUUGCAAAAAUUUAAGAACUUCUGAUGUUAGUAUGCUUGUAUGGAGUGCUGUGGAAAGGAAACAAAUAAGUGGUCAACGUGGAAAAUUUUUAUUCUUCGUUUUGGAACAAGAACUUUAUAAACUUUUCUUCUCUCGAAGUUCUGCCAUCCAACAAUUUACACUUUGUUCGAUGUUGCAUUCGAUUCAACUUUUUUCUGGUGCAACUAGUUCUUUAGCAAAUUUAUCUGUACUAAGAUGCAGCACAGAGAGUCAUGAAUCUUUCUUUUUUGGAUUGGCUCAAAUUUGCGAAAGGAUCAAGGUUAUUAUUGUUGAUUUUUGCGAUAAAGACAAUGAUGAAGAUCAAUGUCCUAACCUUAAUAUUGCCUUACAAACACAAGCACAUUCCUUAAAGAAACUUGAUAUCAUAGACAAUAUGGGAGGAAUUUUGUUGAACACUAUAUAUGGAAUAUCUGAUGAUGUUGUCAAUAAUUUGAGGAACGCUGAGAUUCCUAAUUUAGAAACUUUAGAGGUUCGUGGAGAACCAAUUUCGUUGAAGUUGGAGCAUUUAUUUUUAUUAGAUGAGGAAGAAGGACUCGAAAUGUUUCUAAAAAGUCGAUCAAUCAAGAUGCCAUUGAUCUUAGAGGUUGUUGGAAAUCUAAUUUCGCAAGAUACAUCUGAGAUCAUUUCGAUUUAUAGAUUUAAUGGAGUGUUGAAAGAUGCAAAAUUGUUAUGCUUCGGCGAGGAUUCCGCACCAGACCAACAAACUCCGCGUUGGAAAAUUGAUGCAAUUAUUUAA